AUGGGUGACAAGUUUGAACAGACUGACCGAUUCGUGCAAGGGUUGCAAAUCCGUAAAGAGGUUUUGGGGGAUACUUAUGUGGAUAAAGCUUUGGAAGGGAUCAACAACCCGUUACAAAAGUCGCAUCAGCAGUAUAUCACUGAGGAGUGGUCCAAAUGGGGUCGACCAGGCUUGACUCGAAAACAGAGAUCUCUUCUCAAUAUUGGCAUUCUGAUGACAUUGAACCGAAGCACUGAAUUAAGAGUUCACAUACGAGGAGCACUGAGAAAUGGGUUGACUGAGGAGGAGAUUACUGAGGCAAUCACUCAUACAAUGAUGUACUCUGGUGUACCCGCUGGUGUAGAGGCGAGCAAAGUCGCUGCAGGAGUUAUCAAAGAGAUGAGGGAUAACGGGGAACUUGACAGUGACAAUGCACAAGCUGGGCAGGACCUGGGCCAGAACGCGAAGCAGGCACCUCCUACCCAGGAGGUAAGGCACGAUGGAGAGCUCAACGACGCCAAGUUGAAAGCUGGGCAGGAUGGUGGAGAGGAGGCACCGCUCGCCAGCUAA